UUGUCAUCUCCCAACAUAUCAACCCUUGUCCCUGUUCGUCAUCACACACACUUUCUCUCUCUAGAUUUCUCUCUCUCUGGAUUUUUUUCCCUCUCUCACAUUACAGCUAUCGUAUUUCUGUCUCCGCCAUUGCGAAAGGGACGCUGAAAAAAAAGAUACAUAUAUAAAAUAAAUAAAACACACAACACAACAGCCUAUAAACCGAGCGACGAGGUUUUCUAAGGGACGAAAAAUAAACCAGAGAGUCUCAGAAGAAGAAAACAAGGGAAUCAAUCACACAACACAAUAACAAGAACGGGUCUUUGAAGAGAUUGGACCAAAGGGUCAAGUGGGCCUUUUUCAGUUUUUUCUACCAUUCAUUCAAUUUCCUCGUUCAGUUUUUGUUUUGGAAGGGCGAUUGAUUUUGCAGGUGUUUGAAGUUUUCGCUUGGACAAGCAUCAUAUCUUUGAGUUGUUCUGUUCUGUCUCUGUGUCUCUGUUUUCGUGAGAUUUACGUUUUACCAUGAGGAGAAGUUAGCACAUACUACUACUCCCCUUGUUUCUCGGAAGAUUUUGUAAGACACUACCAAGUUACUGCUGCUAGGCCUGAUCUUUACCUGUUGAAUAUGAAGAUUUCAGGGAAUCCUAGGGGGUUGUGAAUCAGAUGAAUACAUGUCUAAUAUAUAUAUCAAAAAUGGAAUCUGUUAAGCCAUCAGCAGUGACACCAAACAAAAACAAGUUGGCUCGCACAUUUGCCAAAGUUCUUCACGUUAGAGCAGUGACAGGAAUUGCACCAGUUGAUGGACUGAAGAACGUUAAAGGGGAUGCAGAUCUCCAAAAUGAAGGAAAUAUAAUCAAAGAAGAUGAAGAGCUUCAGGAAAGAAAGGCCACAGAAGCUUUGCUUGCAAAAGCAUUUGCUAGCAUUUCAACGGUGAAAGCUUCUUAUGCUCAGCUGCAGCAUGCUCAGUCUCCCUAUGACCCUGAUGUAAUUCAAGCUGCUGAUGAAUUGAUAGUCUCAGAGUUCAAGACCUUGUCUGAGCUAAAGAAAUGUUUCUUUAAAAAGCAAUUUGAUCCUUCACCAGAUAGAGCAAUUCUUCAAGCUAAAUUGAAGGAGCUGGAGAGUGUGAACAAAACAUUUGAGAUCACAGGGGAGAAGUUAGAAUCACAGGCUCGGCUCAAGGAAUCUGAGAUUAUAUUUCUUCAAGAAAAGCUAGAGGAGGCUACCAAGCAAAGCAGGUCAAUUGAGAAGAGGUUAAAUCAAAGUGGAUCAUUAUCAGUUCUUGACAACCUCCACAUUUCAGGAUUAAGUCCUAGUCAUUUUGUUACUGUUCUUCGCCACACCGUUAGGUCCAUUCGAAACUUUGUGAAGUUGUUAGUGAAUGAGAUGAGAUCUGCAGAUUGGGACAUUGAUGCUUCAGUGAAUGCCAUUAUCGAGCAGAAUGUGGUGUACUGGAAAGAAGAUCACAAAUGUUUUGCAAUUGAGUCCUUUGUGUGCAGGGAGAUGUUUGAUUCUUUCAACUUCCCUAACUUCUCCCUACCCAAUGAAUCCCUGCCAGAUAAAAACAAGAGGCAACUGUUCUUUGGGAGGUUCAACGAGCUAAAACCAGUGAAAGCAAUGGAGUUUCUUUCAGGGAAGCCAAGAUCACCCUUUGCAAAAUUCUGCAGGAUCAAGUUCUUGAGACUUGUUCAUCCCAAGAUGGAGGCAUCAUUCUUUGGCAACGUGAAUCAGAGGAACAUGCUGAAUGGUGGAGAGUUUCCUGACACCAACUUCUUCACCUCAUUUGCUGAGAUGGCCAAGAGGGUGUGGCUUCUACACUGCUUGGCCUUCUCCUUUGAGCCUCAAGCUUCAAUCUUUCAAGUGGAGAAGGGUUGUAGAUUAUCUGAUGUGUACAUGGAGAGUGUGAGUGAAAAUGAUGAAGAAAUGGCAGUGGAAUCUGAGCCACGUGUUGCUUUCACUGUUGUUCCAGGCUUUAGGAUCGGUAAAACUCUAAUACAGUGCCAAGUCUACCUCUCACAAGUCAUGGUAAAAAAAUCCACAUUUAGAGAGCAAAAAAGGUAGUAGGAGUAGUAGUAGUAAUAACAGUAGCAGUAGUAACUACUGGUGUUUUCAUCAGUGGUUGACCCCACCAUGCAAUAGGCUAUUGAAGUGGAAGCCAAUGUUUUUAGUUGAACUUUUGGGAGAGACAUUGCUUGUGCAGUGGAUGGCUGUGCUUGUGGGGACUCAGCCUUCUGCUGCCAUGGUUCAAUGGGGGCAUUUUCUUGUCCAUUUGUAUUUUGGUCAGUUUCAAAAGGAAGCGCGUGAACCGUUGCAUUGGAAAGUGCCCUUUUUGUUCAGAAUGUUUUUUUUCUUACUAUGAAGUUUAAUUAAUCAAAUGGUUGCCCCAAAUUUUGUUGA